CGCUGGGGGCCGAGCCCGCAGAGGAGCAGUAGCUGCUGAGCGGUGCUGACCGGUGAGGGACCCGGGAGUGUAGAUCGGGGAUCUGGACUCGGGAACCGCGAGCGUAGACUGGAGAUCGGGGAUCAGGAUCCAGCACGGAACUUCUCAGAACCUCGGGGACGCCUAGAAGCGAAAGAAGGUGCCAUGUCGCAGCCAUCCGGGGAUUCCCGCCAGAUCCCACACAGCAGCAAGGCCUGCCGCCGCCUCUUCGGCCCGGUGGACAGCGAGCAGCUGCGCCGUGACUGUGACACGCUCAUGGCCAGCUGCCUGCAGGAGGCCCGGCAGCGGUGGAACUUCGACUUUGUAACCGAGACUCCGCUGGAAGGCAACUUCGUCUGGGAGCGGGUGCGCGGCCUGGGGGUGCCCAAGCUCUACCUGACCCCGGGCUCCUGUGGUGGCCGAGACGACACAGGAGGGGGCAGGCGGCCCAGCCCCUCGGCUGCUGUGCUGCAGGGGACAAUGGCUCAGGAGGACCACGUGGACCUGUCGCUGUCCUGCACCCUCGUCCCUCGAUCCUCUGAGCAGCCCGAGGGGUCCCCAGAGACCCCCGGAACCUCUCAAAGCCGAAAACGGCGGCAGACCAGCAUGACAGAUUUCUACCACUCUAAACGCCGCCUGGUUUUCUGCAAGAGGAAGCCCUGAUCUCCCACCAGCAGCUGCAGGCUCCCAGAAACCGGCGGGCCACCGGCCCCCUCCACACCUCUUCCCUUUACCCUCCACUUUGUGCGUCUUAAUUAUUAUUUGUGUUUUAAUUUAAGCUCUUCCCUGUGUACAUACCUGCCUGCCCUCCCCCACCCCCAACCUAGCCUCUGGCAUUAGAAUUAUUUAAAAAAAAAAAAAAGAAAUGAGGCAGUAGAGUGGUAGGCUCAGAGAGUGCUGGGUAUUUUUAUUAUAUGAAAUGUUAUUUAAAACCUUCUCUUCCUAGUUGUUUGUCCCCCAUCUCCUGUAGAGGGCAUGGCUGGCUUCAUGCCUGCUGUGCUCUCUUCUGCCCUCACCCACGGGUGGCACAGACCAGAGGGACCCGAUUCCCUUCUCUCCAACCUCUGACUCAGUCCUGAGUCCUCAGAAUCUGAAAAGUAAAUAGAUUAUAGCACUUUGAAGGGGCCCAGCCAAGUAGGGACAUCAUCACAAACUUUGGGGUCUUCUCACCCCUGGAGUCGGGCAGGUGACCAUGAAGUGGGCACAGCCUGGGACAGAUCCCUGCUCUGGCGUCAGUGUCCCACUCCGUCCUGUUGAAGUAGGAAAAAUUGGGUCCUGUAGCAGUCUUGCCCCCAGACCCCAGUGCCACCCCUAGGGAGCCUGGCUCCUUCUCUACUUUUGGGGGCCCCCAGCUGUCCCUUUUUCCCAGCUGGCUCUCAAGGCCCCUCUGCUGCUCUCCCCUCCCCCAAGUCCUUCAUCUCCAGUACCCUGUUGGCUAUGAGUGGCAGCUGUGCGCACCUGUCCCUUAACACCAGGACGUAGGGCUCCUUAGUUCUGCCUUGGGUAGCACAACAGCAUGACCGCCUCCUUGUAGUCUGGGGUGGGGUCCUGGAUGGCCUCCUGGAACUCCCUGUUGUCCUGUGUUAAAAGUGUAGGGUGGGGAGAGUGGGUUUAUAGGACAGAGACCCCAGACCCCAGAAGCCAUAGGUGACCAUUGGUGGCUGUCUCCAUCUAAGCCCCCCACCCACCAUCUCACUGCCUUUUGAGUAGCAUCUGAACAAGAAGUAGGACAAAGAUGGCAUCCUGGGACCAGGGAUGGCGCCUGCAGGGGCUGUCAGGAGCUUGCGGGGGUGGUGGCUCUGUCCCCACACCCAACACUGACCUCCUAGAGGUGCCAAAGCACUUAGCGGGUCUGAUCCUAAUCAUCCUCCAGCUCCUGCAACAUCCUAGCUGGGGCAGUGCCCCUCAGCCCACCCCGCUGACUAUCUCCACCUACACUGUAAGCCUCUCAAGGGCAGGGAUUGCCCCCAUGUUGACCUGUGGCCUUCACAGCCCUCACACAGUACUGGGUACACAGCUGGUGCUCAAUAAAUAUCUCCCGAUGACUUUAUCUGCA